UGCCGACUUAUCCCAACCCCGCAGACACUUUCCGUGACCAAGCCAAUACUCAGCCUUACUCUGCACCUCGCUCUGCGCAAAUCUCCUCCCCAAACCAAACUCGAACAUGAUUAUCACCACCCUACUAACACUCACCACCCUCGCAGCUGCACUCAGCAUCCCAUCUCCGUCCCUCCGCGCAACCAACCCCAAGCCUCACCCCAAGCUCUUAGAGAGCGCAUGCACAUUCACACUUCAGCACCGCCAACAAUCAUCCACCACCUAUAUACAACUAAUUACCAUCAUCGACCACGCAAACGCUAUCAGGAUCGAUGUAGCAGGCCAGCGCCCACCUACGGAGUACAACAGCUACGUCCGGCUUGACGAUGCUCACGUCUUCGCCAUGACCGGACUGCUCGAUGAAAGGAACCUGACCAUCUCGACUGUUUCACGGCAUGAGCUGGAAUUCGAGAUCGGCGAAGUGCGGUGGAGUACGCGACGCAGCGGGCGAGAGGCGGGUUGUAAUGCUGGGGCAUGGGAGGGUGGUUUGGAUAGAAGAGAGCGGAGAAUGGUUUGUUUGUUCCCGUGUGAGAAGGUGGCGAUGGAAGACCGGGGGGAUGUGUAUGGAGAUGCUGGGGAGAGUGCGAGGCAGGUGAGGAUUGGGCUGCAAGGAUAAACUGUCACGAGUUAU